AUGGUGACAGUAGCCACAGCGGCGAAGAACAAUACAUACCCGACCAAGUCGGGCAUCAAGAUCUGGGUCGAUCCGGACACACCCGAACGUGAUCACGUGUACAUCAGCUCACGCGGCCGGAAAUGGGAUCUCGUCAUGAGCGACGAGUUCAACGUCGUCAACCGCAGCUUUCGUCCUGGAGAUGAUCACAUGUGGACGUCCGUCGAGAAACCCGACGGUGUCAACGGUGCAAUGGAGCUGUACUCGCACAACAUGACUUCAACCCAGUGUGACGACGACGGAACGUGCUACUUCUACAUCAAAUCGAUCGACGAGUUGAAUGUAAUCAACGUGUACAACAUGUACAUCCAUCCUCCAGGAUACGUGGACGCCUACUUCUUCUACCGUUCAGCCAUGGUGCAGUCCUGGAACAAGUUCUGUUACCAAGGUGGAAUGCUCGAGGUGCGUACUCAACUACCUGGAGCUGUGUCAAAGGCAUCGGGUAACCCGGACUUGAAACUGGGAAAGAAUGCGAAGGUCCAAACAGGUAAAUACUACCCGACAUGGCCCGGUAUAUGGAUGAUGGGGAACCUCGGUCGUGCUAUUUUCUCCGGGUCUACAAACCGCAUGUGGCCGUUCUCAUACGAUGCGUGUGAGCCCGAUCUGUUCGAUCCCAGCAACCAACGUAUUAGUGCUUGUGACGACAAUCCGGGCUACGGAUUGAACCCGAAUCAAGGCCGUGGCGCGCCUGAAAUUGACGUACUGGAGGGUAGCGCAUCCCUGAUCUCGUCGUCGCUGCAACUUGGCCCUGGUAUGCCCGAUGAAUAUCGUAUCUUUUCGCUCAACUACUCAACUGGAGACUACUACGGUUGCAUCUACACCGCUAGCUGUAUGACCCCCGGUGCAAACUACAUCGACGUCCCAACCGCCUACUACAAGAAAGAACGCGGCCACAAAUCUUGGUACCAAGGUCUCCGAUACGCUGCCAACAACAUGUGCAAAUCGGCCGGUGACAAGAAGCAGAGCUACAAGACAAUCGCAGCGUCUCUAAAAGCCGGAAUCGUCAACAAUACCUGCUCCGCGGACACCUGUCCGGCCUCUAACGACGUCAACGCGGACAUUGGUUUGAUCGACGGCGUUGGGGACGAUCACUGGGGUAUCAACUCAAACGGAACGUGCUACCCUCUAUUCAACGUGUACACUGGUUCUUACCUGUGUGACCCUGACAACACUUACUCCAAGUGUGCCAGCCCUCGAAACGAGACUACGACGUCGAAGUCGUACGCGAUGAGCCCGUUCAACUACCAAAUGGACGCUAUCUCGUCCAACUGGCCCGUCCAACUCGGUGCGUACACAGACUACUUGGUGUAUCAAGUGGAGUGGGUCACGGGUAAGAACGGAUAUGUGCGGUGGAUGCUAGAGGGCAGUCCAUUGUUCGAGGUUCCAUCCGCGUCUAUCACGAACGUACCGCAGAACGCGAAUAAGACGAACCCGUCGAAGAUCAUGCUGGAGGAACCAAUGUACAUCAUCGCCAAUGUGGCGCUGUCGAGUUCGUGGGGCGCUACCCCUCCGAACCCGGGCAAGGCAUGCCGCGGUAAUGGCACUGACCCGGUUGUCAACAAGAUUUGCGACUCGUUCCCGAUGUACAUGAAGAUCGACUACAUCCGUCUGUAUCAGGACUUGGCAGACGACCUGGACGCGGACAACUACAUGUACGUUGGCUGUGAUCCCAAGACGCACCCGACGAAGCAAUGGAUCGAUGCCCACCUGGACGAAUACGAAGACAACGACAAUAAGUGGGAAGAGGUGACUGGCAAGGCGUUCUGUAAGACACACGACGACUGCACUAUCGGCGGCACGAUGGGCAGGACGUCCGUGAAAACCGGUAAGUGCGUCAAUCAGCGCUGUGAGUGUCUGUACAAAUCUUGGGGAGGGCCGCGCUGCACGAUUGCCAUUUCGGGGGCCACGUCCUCAGGCAGCACAACCUAUGGCCCACCUCUGUGGGCAUCGAUUACGGUAUCCUCUGUCGUCGUCGGGCUGGUGACCAUUUCUAUCUACGUGUCGACUACCCGCGCCGCGAAAAGGAAGAAGGCGGCCAUGAGGUAUAUGAAGGUUGCGGACGAAAGCCCAUCGGAAUCUCUUGUGCUUUCGAAGGACAACAGCCAGACUCACAGCGCCCUCUAAACUGACUAGCAUAGCUCAAUAUAUCGCAUCAAUCAUACAUAAUAAAACUUUGGAUUACGAAAUGAC